AUGAACGGGGACCUGAGCCUCUCCAAGGCCUUGGGUGGCUUGCGUAUUGCAAACCCCGACGACACGGCGUCGCCAACCAUGGACACCGAUUCAGAGCCUCGAGAGGCGUUCCCACCAUUUCAAGCGUCUCCCGAUCCGCAAGCAACCUACAGCUCACAGUCGGCCUCGCACUCGUCGACUUCGCUUCCAGCCCAGCAGCAGGUCCCAUCACGCGGACCAAGUCCACUCGCUGGCCAAAGGAGACCACAGGAAGAUGCAUCGGCUCUUUUUAAGUCGGCGCAAACAAACCUCAGCAAUGUGCAGACCCCCGAAGCUACUGGGAGAGCGCCGUCCGAUCCCCAUUUACAGACGCAAUUCUCGGCAUACAGACAGAGUUCCGGGUCUGUCGGGGCGGCGUCUUCCGCAAGGCCCAUGUCAACUUUGUACACCAGCUCUGGAUCCGGGGCCACCACAGACCCAGCUUCGAACUCACCCACGGGUUAUGGUGCUUUGCGAAGCAAUGAACCAGCUCGUGCGGCGUCAUAUCGGCAGCCUUCUCGAAGCGAGUCUCGCUCUCAACAUCCCCCCACCUCAUAUACUUCUCCUGGGCCGUCGUCGGAGACGAACCAUACGGACCGGACAUACAAUGGACCGCGCCAGAGCAUUCCGCUCGCGUCAGGAAGCAGCCCCCUUCCGCCACGACGAAGCUCAAAGGGCAUGGGUGGCGGCUACGUUUCUAUCCCGGCCAGCUCAGGUCCUGCGUCGUCUGGACCACCUAUAGCGCACGGGAUGGAAACCGCCGUGUCAAAAAGCAGUGAGGAGUGGAAAGAGCGGGGAGCAGCCGUGAGUGUCAGAAAGGAAGUGGACGCAUCCGGAAAACCUGUCUUCAGGACAGUCAAGAAGGGUGUGCAAGACUUUUCUUUUGGUCGGAUACUGGGCGAGGGCUCUUAUAGCUCGGUCUACCUUGCAACUGACCGUCAAAGCUUAAAGGAGUACGCUAUCAAAGUGCUCGAGAAGAAGCACAUCAUCAAGGAGAAGAAAGUCAAGUAUGUCAACAUCGAGAAAAACACACUCAACCGCCUCACGGAACAUCCUGGCAUUGUGCGGUUGUACUACACGUUCCAGGACGAACAGUCUCUGUACUACGUUUUGGAUCUGUGCAGCGGAGGAGAGCUUCUUGGCAUUCUGAAGCGGACGGGAACCUUUGACGUAGAGUGCACACGCUUUUACGGCGCUCAGAUUCUCGACGCCAUCAGGUACAUGCACUCAAGAGGCGUCAUCCACCGCGACCUCAAACCGGAAAACGUGCUUUUGGAUGAAAACAUGCACGUCAAAAUCACCGACUUCGGCACAGCAAAGCUCCUGCCCGAUCCAAGAGACCCAUCAGCAGCCGACGGCAACGGCACGGGCGGCUCCUUGACGUCACAGGGCGACGGUCGCUCGGCAUCCUUUGUGGGUACGGCGGAAUACGUUAGCCCUGAACUUCUUAUGGAUAAGUCUGCAAGUAAAGCAAGCGAUCUCUGGGCAUUCGGCUGCAUAAUCUACCAACUUUUGGCUGGCCGACCACCGUUCAAGGGUGGAUCCGAGUAUAUGACAUUCCAGAAAAUCGUUAACCUGGAGUACGAAUUCCCACCCGGAUUCCCGCCGGCCGCUCGCGAUUUGGUGGAGCGGUGUCUUGUUCUAGAGCCUGCCAGGCGGCUGACAAUCGAACAUAUUAUGAACCACGAGUUCUUUGACGGCCAGCCUUUUGGGCGCGAUCUGUGGCGUACAAAGGCGCCAAGGCUUCGGCCGUACAUACCGCCGACACAGGAAACGCACGUUAUCCAACUUAAUGGGUCGGCCGCCCCGCCUCAGUCGAUUCCUACAUCAAGGGGUGCAUCCGGGGGGGUGUCAAGUCCCAGCGGUAAAGGGGGUGCGAUGGGAUCCCAGGUGUCUCCAAACAAUGGUCAACGGCCUCCGAGGAUUAUUACGGAACUUCCUCCCCCAACGCAACUGGACCUUGACUGGUCACCGGUACUGACACGGCAAAACGAACGUAUUCUCAAGCUGGGUGACCUCAUGGUUGUGUCGACGCCAAUCCCCAACAGCCCUCAUGGCAAAUCGGAAGGAGACGGCCACAAGAAACUGUCCCGGUUCUUUGGCGGCAACACAACGAAGAAACGGCAGCGGUUGGUCAUGGUCACCUCGAGCGGGCGUAUUGUUUUUGCACCUGCAGGCGGCGACGAGAAGAAGGCGAAGCAAGAGAUCUCGCUUCUUAAUUCAGACUGUGUAUGGAGGACUCAGACCGACGCCAAGGGACAGCCUAUUUGGUGUGUCGAUACGGGUUCUCUAGACGGUGGCAUGGCCGCUGUCGAAGAUUGGAUCGAGUCUCUGGAGCGGGCCAAAGAUCUCGCCCUGUCGCAAAACAUUCUUGCCUCGUACCGGAGCGAGGAGUUUGGUGAUAUGUCUUCGUCAAUGUCCAGCCCUGCGAGUACGCUCGGCGGCCGGAUGAACCACCCCGGACGCAGCCAGAGCAACGGUGACGAUACGAUUAUCUCGGAGCGGAAACGAAACCGCUUCAGCAAGCGGCAAUCGAAGAAUGGACUCGGUGCCCAGUUUUAA